GCGGGACUUAGCGCUUUCUACAGUCCCCAACCUGCAUGCGCUCGCUCUACGCUUGACUUGUGCCAACACUUAGUCGCUGGCAUGAAUCUUUCGCUGGCGUGUGCUCUUCGGAGCCCAUGUCGUCGACCAGCCUCGUCAAUACUCGCACACGCUCGCCCAUUCUCCUCCUUUCCCAGCCGACAAACCGUGUUCCGUAAUGCCACCAUUCCUCGUACACCUUUUCGCCCUACCACAGUAAACGCUCCUUCGCCAUGUGUAUUUAAUAUCGGUUUGUCAACCUCGUUACGGCGUUCAAUAUCUCUAAGGUCCCUCGUCGGCUCGGACGGUCCCCACCCGCCACCGAAUGUGGUGGCGUCCAUCACUCUACUUGAAGUCGAGGCAAACCAGAGACCGCAUGAUGUGGAGAAGCAACUGGCUUUAUUCGAAGCCCUGGUCAACUCCGGCACAAGGCAGGGAUAUGAACUGGUCACGGCAAGAUGGGAGAGGAUGUGCGAAUUCGAUCCCAAGAGUCCUCUAUUGACAAGCGAUCGCGCAUUUCAGCUCUAUCUUUACUGUCUGAAUUACCUCGGUGCUGGCGAUGCGUUGCCGGCUGCGGUCUCAAAGAGAGAACGCCUCAUAAAGGAACAUCAUCCUGGGGUGGCAGCUCCCAUUCAGUCACAAGGUCAAGCCGCAGAAGCAUCAUCAUCUUUGGGAUCGGCUCAGGCCAGUGCAUCGUCACAGGUUGCGGACAGCUCGAUCAAUGGCGCACGCUCACAAGGGAUAUCCGGUCUCACAGAGGCUGCAUCAUUGAGUAGAUCUUCUCUGUUGGCCAAGGAAGUUCUAUCCGGCGCGAAUCCUGCUGCACCGAGUCCUGAUCCGCUCGCUGCCGCACUGGCUGCUGCUGCUCAGAAACCUGCCGCACCAGUUACGUCAGCUUCGUCUGGACUGUCUCUUGGUUCGAUCUUCGGGAAAGGAAGCAGCGCAAACACUGCUGCCGGCACUGUUGCAACGGGUGGUCCUCUUCCUGGCGGCGUCGGCGGUCCCAGCAACCCUAUCAGCGUCAUAGUGCAAGAGCCCAAGGGCUCCUGGGUACCGCGCAUCAUUCGCUUCGUCGUCUCGACCCUCUUCAUCGGCUUCUUCUUCCUCGUCAUACUCUCGAUCCUGCUUGAGAACUCGGGCCUACUGAAGGCCGGCCCGCGCCAGGCGGAGUUCCAGCCACAGCAGGGUAAAACAUACAAGUUCAGCGACGUUCAUGGCGUGGAUGAGGCGAAGGAGGAGCUGUUUGAUGUUGUGGAGUUUUUAAAGGAUCCGACGGCAUUUGCUUCACUCGGAGGGAAGUUACCGAGAGGUAUCCUCUUGACGGGACAGCCUGGUACCGGUAAGACUAUGUUGGCUCGGGCGGUUGCUGGAGAGGCAGGCGUACCGUUCUUGUUUGCUAGCGGUUCUGAAUUCGAUGAGAUGUUUGUGGGCGUUGGUGCCAAGCGCGUCCGCGAGCUCUUCGCCGCAGCACGGAAAAAGGCCCCUUCAAUCAUCUUCAUCGACGAACUGGAUGCCAUCGGAUCCAAGCGUAAUGCACGCGACUCGGCUUACAUGAAACAGACGCUUAACCAGCUGCUCGUCGAGAUGGACGGGUUCGAGCAGGGUGAGGGCGUUGUAGUGAUUGCUGCCACGAACUUCUUGGAGGCUCUUGAUCCCGCGCUCGUGCGGCCUGGUCGGUUCGAUAGGAUUGUGGCGGUACCGUUGCCGGAUGUGAGGGGUCGUGUUCAGAUUCUGAAGCAUCAUAUGAAGGGGAUCGUGACUUCGCCUGAGGUCGAUCUCACUAUAUUGGCUCGUGGCACUCCUGGAUUCUCUGGUGCUGAUUUGCAGAAUAUGGUCAACCAAGCUGCCAUCCAGGCUUCGAAGGAACACGCUAAAGAGGUGACUGCGAGGCAUCUCGAAUGGGCCAAGGACAGGAUCAUCAUGGGUGCCGAACGCAAGAGCUCGUAUAUCAACGAUAAUGUCAAGAAGCUCACGGCUUACCAUGAGGGUGGCCAUGCCCUGGUCGCGCUGUACACUGAGGGUGCCAUGCCGCUGCACAAGGUUACGUGUGUGCCUAGGGGACAUGCUUUGGGUGUGACCUCGCAGUUGCCCGAGGACGAUCGGCAUAGCGUCUCUCUGAAGGAGUACCUCGCGGAGAUUGACGUGUGCUUCGGAGGACGUGUUGCGGAAGAAUUGAUCUUUGGCCCGGAGAAUGUCACCAGUGGUGCUUCGAGUGACUUGCGGCACGCAACCAGCACUGCUUCCCGUAUGGUGAAGAAUUUCGGUUACUCUCAGAAGGUUGGGCCUGUAUACUACAGCGACCGUGAAGAGGCUAUUAGCCCGCAUAGGAGGGAGGAGAUCGAGGACGAGAUCCGGAACCUCCUGAAGGCUGGUGAAGCCCGAGUCGCCAAGCUUCUGAAGAGCAAAGAGGACGAACUGCACAGGCUCGCCCACGCCUUGAUAGAGUACGAGACUCUUGAUCUCGAAGAAGUCAAGAAAGUCCUGCGGGGCGAAAAAAUCCGGGAUAUCAAGGAGGUGAUGCAGGAGGAUCUAGAACGGUUAGACAAGAACGAGAGCUCGGAUAGCAGCGUAUCAGGAGCGAUCGCGAGCGUAGCGGGGCAUGACCGGAUACCUACGCCUGCACCGGCUGCGCCCAGUACGCAACCGCAGGAGUCAUAGCAUGGGGAGAAUGAGUGUAUUUUGGCGUUCUCAUUGGCUGAGUAUUAUGCUUUGUGAGAUGUACAUAUGGUUUCCUGCGUAGAAUUGUGUAAAUGCCGCGAGGCGCUAAUACUAAGCAAUCUAUCUCAAUUCAGUCUUGCUUACGAUUAGACUUUACCGCACACUUCGA